AUGCACCACACAUUUUUGAAAUUCGUCGCGCCAUUGCAAAUCUUUCUCAAAGGCACCAAAUAUAUUGCCACUUAUUAUACUGAACUCAAAGCCUAUAGAGAUGAGCUUAAUUCUUAUCAAACUCUUCCUUCUUGUGUUUGCGGUGCUAUACCAAAUUUCAACGAGGUUUAUGCCACUGAGUAUCUUAUGGAUUUUUUACAAGGUUUAAAUGAUUCAUAUACAUCUGUUCGUAGCCAAAUACUACUCAUGGAUCUCCUUCUUUCAGUUCCUAAAGCAUACUCACUUUUCUUACAAGAAGAGCGUCAACGUUCGUUAUCUGAUUCAUGUUCAGUGUCAAUAGAUCAAUUCGCCAUGGCUGUUCAACAAUCAAAUUCCUCAAAAGGGACCAAUUCCAAACCCAAUUAUUAUUGUUCCAUUUGCAAGGUUGAUGGACAUUUGGACAAUCGUUGCUACUCAAAGAUUGGUUAUUCUUCUUGGUGGAAACAUAAUUUUGGCUCCAACAAAUCCCGCCAUGGUUCCUCUUCUUGUGAUGGUCGCGGAACCGGACCCUCUGCAUCACCGACUCAUUCUAUUGUUGUUAUUGUUCCAACUCGGGAUUCUCAGUCUUCAUCGAGCUUAACUCCAAUUCAGAUUCAACAGCUACUCUCUCUCUCUCUUUCAAAAUGGUAG